CUAAAGAUAUCGCUCAAAAAUACAAUAUAUACGAACAUGUUGCCGCACUACUGGAAUCAGAAAAUAGUUGGUUUGAUACUCCUAAAAAGCAAAGCCCAAAAAUUAAGUCCGAGCGUGAAGCUUCAUCCCACACAGAAACGUUGGAAUCUCCAAAUAUUACGUCACCUGCUACUACUAGUACUCGUUCAAUUGUCAAUAACAAUAUUAAAUCAACGCCUAACGGAACAAUUAAAUCUGAUGAGGUUAAAGCCCCGCGAAGAACUUCUGCGAGAUUACAGGCCCGUUCUGCUAAACAGGAGCCAUCUAAACGUCUCAGGGAUUCUGAUAUUGGUGAACGUGAUGUUAAGGAUAAAGUACAAAGCCUGAAACGAAAGUUGGAUGAGAAAGAAGAAUACCUUAAUUAUGGUAUAAGCAAUAAGAAACGCGCGGUUUGGGCCGGAAUCGGAGCUGCCGUUGGUGCUGGUGUUGCUAUGAUCGUCAUGAAUAGCAUGGGCAUAGGUCCUUCUGACAUAGCAAACGGAAUCAGUGAUCUGCCGAGUAAAUUAGGCAGUAUGUUCUAA